AUGGAUCAGAAAUGCACGUAUUGCUUUCUCGACAUUGGGCCAGUGAUGACCACCGUUACGACUUCCUCGGCGAAUGAGGUGCACACGUGGGAGGUGGCGACACCUGCCAGUGUCGGGGCAGCUUCAGUGAAUAUGGAAGCUCUCCUCGUGAACGGAUGCGGCGUUGCGGUCGUGGAUGCGUUGCUGCGGCGAAUAGCGAAAUCGGCACAUCUGGCGACGGUGGGUCACAUCGUCCUCCUAUCACGUCACGACACUGCACAUGAUGUGUUUUAUCGCUAUGUGCUGCGUUGGUUGCACGGUGCGUGCCCCUCCUCCACGCCGGUGAGUGUGAUGCCCCUCCCCCUCUACGCAGCACGGCUGGCCGGCGUGGAGAGUGCGGUGGUGGUGGAGUGCCACGAAGGAGUUGUGAUGUGCACACCCGUUCUGGAGGGCGUUGUGGCCUCCGACGCGGUAGCUCACUGGGGAGACGUGCGAGAAGCGACCGCAUCCGAUGCACUUCGCAGUCUACCCGAGUGCUGGCGGCACGUGUCUCGUGCUGUCAUGACGGCCAUGUCUGCAGCAGCGCGGUUGCUUGACGACAGCGAGCAGAACAGCAGAAGCGGCACACCCUUUCCCCAUUCGAGUGACGACGUUCACAAGAACGAGGUUGACCGCAGGUUAAUCGAUGCAAUUCCUUUUGUUUACGAGAUGGAGCAGCACCUCCGGAUUUGUCGACGGCGCGAGCUAGACGCGUGCUUAUCCACAGUGGUUCUGUACGGUGACGUUGCGACGGUGGUGGAGGCGCGCUACUGCCUGGGGCUGCUUCUCUCGAUGUUUCUUCCGGACAGCCUCGUCACAUGGUGUUGA